UAAGAGUGAAAUGAGGUCACGUGACCGCUGCUGGGUAGAAAGUUUGACAAGUUUGACCGACGCACAAGAAUCUUUCUGUCUCCCGGAUCCCUCCUACACCCCGGAACCUCCGAGAUCUGCUCCAUUUUUGUCCACUUCAGAUCACAUCUACUUGUGAGAAGAAGCCCGAGGAGAUCCUUCACACCAUGGACUUUCCCCAGAAACUUCGGUCCGGUUUCAAACUGGACCUGGGACCCCUGAAAGAGCCGCUGGGAUUUAUUCGUCUUCUGGAGUGGCUCUUCAGCAUCUUCGCCUUUGCUACCACUGGCGGAUAUGAGGGAUCCCUGACCAUGACGCUCAAAUGUCCAGAUACUUUGGACAUUACUGCAAAGUUCGGCUAUCCUUUCAGGCUUCCCAGUCAGUCCUUUCAAAUCCCGAACUGCAACUCCAGCUUGCCCGGCAACGUGACCUACCUGCGUGGAGACUUCUCGUCCUCCGCUGAGUUCUUCGUGUCCGUGGGCGUCUUUGCUUUUCUCUACUGCACCUUCACCCUCAUCCUGUACCUGGGCUACCAGCACAUCUACAGAGAAACGCCCCGAGGACCCAUUGUGGAUCUGAUUUUGAGCGGGAUCUUCGCGUUCCUGUGGCUUGUCUCGUCCUCUGCCUGGGGAAAGGGUCUGACUGACGUGAAACUCGCCACCAACCUCGACGAGUUGGUGAAUUACUGCACUCCAAAGUGUGAGCCCAAACUCCACCCCGCCAUGGGACGCCUUAAUUCCUCUGUGGUCUUCGGCUUCCUCAAUCUCAUCCUGUGGGGGAACUGUUGGUUCAUCUUUAAGGAGACUCCGUUCCACAAGCCUGCUCAGCCUCCCUCUAACAUGGAGCAAGGCGGCAGCUCCUAAUUGGACAAGGCAGGCUCCUCCCACUCCGUUCAAGCCAAUCAGAAGUUUAGAGUAUGCCACUGUGGGGUCACACAGACUCGUCCUAAUGUAAAGUUUGAUAAGAAGAACGCUCCGGUCCGGGUGCUGUUUUCAGCGUUCAGAACGUCCACCCUGGACGUUUUCAGCUUUGGGUUUAAACUCAAAAGCGUUCGUCUCGGUUGUGUUGCCUGGUGCAAAUGUUCUAGUCCCAUAAAUUGUUUUGCGUCGUUACUAAUCGUUUCUCGUUCUGUCUUUACAGUUGAGUGCAAGAAAAAAAAUGCUUUUUGUCUGCCAGCACCACACCAAAUACUUUCCUUUAUCACCACAAAUAAAAAAAAUUACUAUAUUAGUUCAAAAUAAAAGAAAACGCUCGAGUUUGAGUUCAAAAGUUAGCACCCCCCCUUACAGAUAUUAUUAUUACUUUUGAAUGUUUAGUAUCUUCAUUCUUUACUUAAGAUGUUUAAAAACAAAACAUCAUCUUCUUUUGGUUAUAUCCUGAGGUGCCAAUAUUUUAGCUACAGCAUUUCCCAUUUCCAUUCCUUCUCACAGCGAUAAACGAAUUUAGUGCCAUGUUCACCCUUUUUCUUGUGUGUUAUCUUCUUUUAUUUUGUUUUUUUCCUCAGCGACUAGAUAUUUUAAUUGUCAGAAAUGUUGGCAGCUCAGUAUUUCCAUUCAGCUCCGUCAGCAAACAGGUUCUACUUUUUUUUCUAAUUAAAAAUCAGUUUUAUAAUCUAGUUUUUGGUUGAUUUGGAAGGAAUAUAAAAUAUGAAGGGGGUGCAAACUUUUGCACUCAACUGUAUAUGCGCUUAAACGUGCGUGUGUGUGUGUGUUUGUAUAUGCUGAAUGUAUAUAUACAUACACACACACACACACACACCCUCUAAUAAUCCACUGAUAGAUUUCUGAGUCUCUUUAUAUAAUUGUGUUUUUUUUUUUUUUUUUGCUCUUCUGCUUUACGAUUUAAAAACCCUCACACAAAUCCGUGCCUUACACACGUGCGUCGGGAUGCAAAGCACUUCCCCAAAAACACAUAGAGUAUGAAAAUGCUUCUGAGAAAGUGCCUUUAAUACGUCCUGUGGUCUCUCCGGGAUCCCUGACUGACUCCUGCCCUUAAUAUCAUACCAUGUCAUGUUCCACGUGUUCACGCUUGUCACGCGUUUAAUUGUGUGAUAACUGCUGUUAAAUGACCUGCCGUCACCAGAUUGUUGUUUUUUUUGAGGAAGGUAUAAUUGUGUCCAAAAAUAGGAACAAUUAAACACUAAUUUCCUUUUUUUUUGGUUCCUGUUUAUUUCCUCUCUGAGAAAAUCUAAUAUCCAACACUACACUUCCAUGUGCUGACAUUUCAUUUACAGAGAAGAAGAAAAUUCUAAUUAUUAAUCUGAGUUGUAAUUGAUUUCCGACACUGAUUUCUAUUUUCCUCUUUUGGUAUAAUAAUUAAGACCCACGAGAAGAUGUCUGUAUAAACCAUCAUUACUCCACAUAAUCACCUGUGUGCCCGAUUUAUUACCACGUGCCUCUUCGCGAGUAAUUAUUACAUCACUUGUAUCCAGUUUACACCAAGUGUCAUGACCUUGUUGAGAGGAAUAACAUGAUUACACAUCACCCUGUCGCUUUCUGUUUCUUAUGUUUUAUUUUAUUACAUUUGUUUUAUUUUUGAUUCGCCUUUGUGCCUUUUGAAAUCUGAGCGCCUUAGCAACACUGUGCCUUAAUCUCUAAUCCUAGUUUUGUUUUUUUUUUUUCGUUUUAAUAAUAAUAAUUUUGUGUUUUCACAGAAACUGUUCCAAAGUGAGUUUUGAUAUUAACAUUAAUAAACACAGUGACUUCAGUUCGGUCUGUGCAGCUUUAAACUCCAGCGUACCUGCUUGUUUUCAUAUCACCUUGGCUCUCUGAUGUUUUAAUGGCACCUGAAUACACUUUAGGUUAGAUAUCUUUUUUUUUUAAACAGGUUGAAAUAUGUUCUUACGCAAUAUUUUGUACCUGAGAAGAAGGAAAAAAAAAAUCACAUUGCGUUUGCAUUUUGCAGGUUGCUUUCUGUGAAUUUUUGUGUUAUUAAGUAUUAAAUGAAGAGAGCUCUA